CAACAUGCGGAGUUUGUUUAUAACGUGUGGAACGCGACAAUGUGGAGUCAUCUCACGUCGCUUCUCUUUCUCAAACCCUGCGGCAGAUCGUUUCACCCUGUCACUGUAUCAGGAGCCCGUCUACGUUAGAUUUGGACUGGAAUAACUAAUCUUCAGAAAUCAAAGAGUCUGAGCACCAUUAGAAACUGCUGAGACGAUCCACUGGGUGCUGUACCAGAGACGACCACCGGUACUUUUUAAAAAAUGAUAACGAUGAGGGCCCUGGGGCCAUGGAGGGCCUGUGUUCUGCUGGGUGUGUUCCUCCAACUGCUGUUGUUGCUACCAGACACCACCUCUACGGACUCCACCGCUGCAACCUGGAACCAGAGCGGACCCCGACUAAAGCUCUCACACACAGACUUGCGUUGGAUGAACAGUUCCAGUGUCUUCUGGGACAGAGGUGUGAGUGGAGGUUACCAGUCCCUGCUGCUGGAUGAGGACCGUGGCUGGCUCCUGGUAGGGGGUAAAGACCACAUCUACCUUCUCCACUCGGACAGCCUGGCUCUUCCUACACGCACGAUUUACUGGCCAGCUGUGGAGGAACACGUCGAACACUGCAGAUUGGCAGGGAAGAACCUGUCGACUGACUGCGCCAACUACGUGCGUCUCCUCCAGCCCUUCAAUAAGACCCAUGUGUACGUCUGUGGCACCGGGGCCUACCACCCACAAUGCACCUACAUAGACCUGGGAAACAGCACUGAGGAGCCGUUGUUCCGUCUGCAGAGCCAUGCUGUGGAGUCUGGACGGGGGAAAUGUCCCUUUAGUCCACGGGAACCCUUCACCGCCAGGCUCACCGAUGGAGAUUUGUAUGCAGGGACAUCGGUGGAUUUUAUGGGUACCAACGCAGCUAUAUUCCGUACCUCUGUGCACAGCAGCAACCAGCACUAUAUACGCACUGAGGCCUACCAGGACCACUGGCUCAAUGAGCCAGAGUUUGUGGGUUCCUUCUCCAUUCCAGACACACAAAGUGUGGACGAUGACAAGGUUUACUUCUUCUUAAAGGAGACAGCUGUAGAGUCCAGCCAGUGGGACAAGAGGGUUUACAGUAGAGUGGCACGCAUCUGCAAGAAUGACGUCGGAGGGAAGAGGAGUCUGAUUAAUCGUUGGAGUACCUUCCUCAAGGCCCGUCUGGUGUGUUCUGUACCAGGACCUGGGGGACUGGACACACAGUUUGAUGAGCUCGAGGAUAUCUUCAUUCUGGAGACCAAAGACGACCAGAACCCUGUCAUCUACGGGGUUUUCUCAACCUCCAGUUCUGUCUUCAGAGGGUCAGCAGUGUGUGUCUACUCCAUGGCCUCUAUCAGGGCAGCCUUCAACGGUCCGUUCGCCCACAAGGAAGGGCCCGACUACCGCUGGGUGGAGUACAAGGGGAGGAUCCCAUAUCCACGACCUGGCACUUGUCCCAGCGAAACGUAUGACCCCCUCCACAAGUCUACUCGUGACUUCCCUGAUGACGUAGUGAGCUUCAUGAGGGGUCACCAGCUGAUGUGGGAACCCAUCCUUCCAAUCACCCGCCGGCCUGUCUUCACCCGCGUCAAUGUGCCCUACACCCUACGAAGGGUAGUAGUGGACAGGGUGGAUGCUGAGGAUGGGCAGUAUGACGUCCUACACCUGGGCACAGAUGAUGGCAAGGUGCUGAAAGUGGUGUCUGUCCCCAAAGACAACUGGGAGACUGAGGAGAUCAUUCUGGAGGAGCUGAUUGUCUUUCAGACUCAGGCCCCCAUCCUUAACAUGGAGCUGUCUACCAAAAGACAACAGGUGUAUGUAAGCAGUGAUGAGGGAGUGGUCCAGUUACCACUGCAGAGGUGUCAGCUGUACGGUAGAGACUGUGCUGACUGCUGUCUGGCCAGAGACCCUUACUGUGCCUGGGAUGGGAACACAUGCAACCGAUACUUCCCCAGCAACAAGAGGCGAGCUCGGCGCCAGGACGUGAAACACGGGGAUCCGAUGAGCCAGUGUUACGACGCAGAAGACGGUUCUGAGUCGGUGGAGGUGAAGAUGGUAUACGGAGUGGAGAGUAACUCAACCUUCCUAGAGUGUGUACCCAGGUCCCAGCUAGCUACAGUCAAGUGGACAGUACAGCCACCACAGGUUCACACCAGCAGAGAGAUGCUCCAUAGCGAGGAUCGUAUGGUCCACAUGAAGCGGGGUCUCCUGGUGCAGCGGCUGGAGCCAGGGGACGCUGGCCUCUACAGCUGUACCACGCUGGAGCACUCCUUCUCCCAGGUCCUGGCCCGCUACAACCUCCAGGUCAUACCCCAGCAGAGCAUGACAGCAUCCCAGGCCAAGGCAGCUGAUCCUGGUGCUGGGGGAGCAGGACUGAGGUGGGGUCAUGGAGGUCCUGGGAGCCACGCCCAGAGCCACGCCCAGCUCUUCAGGAAUUAUAAGGACCUGCACAUGAUGGGCGCAGCUAGUAUGAGCAUGGACGAGUACUGUGAGCAGAUGUGGCACCGGGAGAAGAAGAGGCAGCAGAAGCUGCGUCAGCUCAAGUGGAAACAGACCCAGGUGGACAACCGCAAGGCCAGAGUGAGACGGCACGACUCCACUGAGGACAUCACCAUACAAUGACCUACGGACGGGGAGGGACAAGAGACUUUUGGUUUGCGUCUGAAAUGUCACCCUAGUUCCUAUAGAGUGCACUGCUUUGGACCAGGGUCCAUAAGCCUAAGGUAGUGCACUUUAAAGGGGAUCGAGGGCUAUUGUAGAUGUAGCUCUGGAGAUGAAGGGAAUGUGUGCAGCAAGACCUCAGUGGUGGUGCUGCACAUGAGCAGACCCUUUGCUUUGAACAGAUAUGCUUAAUAUUAUUAUCAGUCAGUUAACCUUUUUGUCCAUAGAAGUAUCAUUUUGAUAUAGAUGUUCUGGAUGUAUAUUCCUCCUGUAUUCUGUAUUCUGUGUAGACAGGAUCGCGAUGGUUCUUUUUGUACCCGGACCGACCCGUUAAAGUCUAUUAUUGCUCUCUGGACUGGUAGGUUUGUUUACUAAAUAAAAAGCAGGCCGGACCGUUCUCCGUCUCACAUGUCGAGAGGAAAAACACUGUCCAAGAACUACAACCACAGUUCUCCAAGAACUACAACCACAGGUUUCCAAGAACUACAACCACAGGUCUCCAAGAACUACAACCACAGUUGUCCCAGAACUACAACCACAGUUGUCCAAGAACUACAACCACAGGUCUCCAAGAACUACAACCACAGUUGUCCCAGAACUACAACCACAGUUGUCCAAGAACUACAACCACAGGUCUCCAAGAACUACAACCACAGUUGUCCCAGAACUACAACCACAGUUGUCCAAGAACUACAACCACAGGUCUCCAAGAACUACAACCACAGUUGUCCCAGAACUACAACCACAGUUGUCCCAGAACUACAACCACAGGUCUCCAAGAACUACAACCACAGUUGUCCCAGAACUACAACCACAGUUGUCCCAGAACUACAACCACAGGUCUCCAAGAACUACAACCACAGUUGUCCAAGAACUACAACCACAGUUGUCUCAGAACUACAACCACAGUUGUCCCAGAACUACAACCACAGUUGUCCCAGAACUACAACCACAGUUGUCCCAGAACUACAACCACAGUUGUCCCAGAA